ACCAAAUUGGAAUAAAAUUUUUCCGAAAAAAAAGGGAAUUUUCUGAAAGAUUUUUCUUCGAUUCGAAUUGAAAAAUUUUGUUUUCUGUUUUGUGUUUUGUGAAAGAAAUAGAAUUAGUCAUCAUCGUUCGAUCGACCGAUCAAUCGAUAAUCAUCUGGACGAUAAGUGUUUCAAGAAUUUCAAUUUUUUUUUUUUGAUUCGAAAUUAUCAUCACCAACAGACAUCAGACAAGCAAAGAACGGCGACGAUUGCAUUGUUUACUUAAGAUUUUUGAUUUUUUUCCAUCAAUCGAAUCAAAUGAACACCGAACAACAAUGAUUGCCGCAUCAAAUUUUGUUACUAAUCAACCACCACCACCACCACCAAUGCACAAUAGCAACAACAACAAUAAUAAUCUAUCUACAUCAACCUCAUCUUCGAAUCAAACAUCAUCGAAUAUAUUUACAAAUGAACAAAUUAUGAAUAAUAAUAAUAAUGAUAAUGAUAAUUAUUUAAAUCAUCAGAAUAAUCUCAAUAAUAACCUUAAUAAUAAUCAUCAGAAUAAUCAUCAUAUUGAUGGUAAUGAUGGUAUCGUUGUUGAAGAUAAUAAUAUCGUGGUCGAGGAUAGUAUCGUUGUUGAAGAACAAGAAGAAGAAUCUGUGGAUAUAAAUAUUAGUAAUGUUGUUACAAAUUUUAAUGUUCGUUGUCAUUUAAAUUUAAGACAAUUAGCAACAAGAGGUUCGAAUGUUGUUUAUAGAAGAGAACGUUCGAUUGUUUUAAUGAAAUUACGACAUCCAUCAAUAACCGCAAGUAUUUGGUCAUCGGGAAAAAUAACCUGUACAGGUGCAACAACUGAAGAAUCAGCAAAAUGUGCAUCAAGAAGAGUUGCCCGAACAUUACAAAAAUUAGGUUAUCCAGUUAAAUUUCGUAAUUAUAGAAUUGUUAAUGUUUUAGGUGCUUGUCGGUUACCGUUUGGUAUAAAAAUUCAUGAAUUUAGUGAUACACAUAGGCCUUUAGCAAGUUAUGAACCUGAAUUACAUCCUGGUGCAACAUAUCGUAUAAAAGAAUUAAAAGCUGUUAUGACUAUAUUUCAAACAGGAUCAAUAACAAUAACAGCACCAAGUAUAACAAAUGUGCAAUUAGCAGUGGAAAAAAUUUAUCCAUUAGUUUAUGAAUAUCGUAAACCAAAACCUCCACCAUUAUCAUCAUCAUCUUCUGUACAGAAACAUACUCAAUCAUCAUCAUCAUCAUCAAAACAUCAAACAUUAAAACAUCAAAAUCAAAACAAAUGA